AGCUUUGCUUUUCAUGACAAAGGAUUAACAGUAUCACAGCAAGAGGGAUCUCAAACACCUCAGGUAAUAUUCUUUAUAACCCUCAACUGAAAGCUUGUCAGGUUUAAUUUUUGCAGUGAGUAUUGAGUCUUAACUGCUGUUGUUAAACAUUAUUUCUAUGAAGGAAUAUUUACAAAAAAGAAAUUCCAUCUUGAGCUUUUACGCACAGAGUCUUAAGUGUCACAGAUACACUUUUUUUUUUUUUUUUUUUUUUUUUGAGAACAAGCAUCUCCUCUCAGACAAUCUGUCAUUGGUUUAUAAAAAUAGAAGAACAGGAGGAUUUGUUUUCAGCGUGAGGUGGAUUUCUGUUUUCUUCACUUCAUUCACACCGCGUGGGUUACGCUCACUCCACUUCAGCAACGCCGUGCUCCAAGCAUCAGGACCAAUCUCUCUUUCUCACAGAAGGGAGUCUGGAGCAGCAGAUCUGUCUGAGGACCCUCGGGGAAUGGCCCCUGAACACGAUGGCUCCAACAUCACCACGGCCCCCAGCAGAAUUCUGGCCAACCAGUUUGCGCAGCCAGCCUGGCGCGUGGCGCUCUGGUCCGUGGCUUACAUCACGGUGCUGCUGGUGGCUGUCUUCGGCAACUUGAUCGUAAUUUGGAUCGUUCUUGCGCACAAACGGAUGAGGACCGUGACGAACUACUUCCUACUGAACCUGGCUUUCUCAGACGCAUCCAUGGCUGCCUUCAACACCCUCAUCAACUUCAUUUACGCAGCCCACGGAGACUGGUACUUUGGGGAGGUCUACUGCAGGUUUCACAACUUCUUCCCGGUCACAGCUGUGUUUGCCAGCAUCUACUCCAUGACAGCCAUAGCCUUGGACAGAUACAUGGCAAUCAUUCACCCUCUGAAGCCUCGACUCUCUGCAAAAGCCACAUUGGGAGUUAUCUUCUGUAUCUGGACCCUAGCUGUGGUCCUGGCCUUCCCUCUCUGCUACUUCUCCACCACCAGAACAUUACCAGGCAGAACUUUCUGCUACGUGGCCUGGCCCCGAAUGGCUGACGACCCUUUUAUGUAUCACAUCAUAGUUACUGUUCUGGUUUACAUUCUGCCAUUAGCUGUGAUGGGCAUCACUUACACUGUAAUCGGAGUAUCGCUGUGGGGAAGUGAGAUCCCUGGAGACUCAUCGGAAAACUACCACACACAACUUCAGGCCAAAAGAAAGGUGGUGAAAAUGAUGAUCAUUGUGGUUGUGACCUUUGCCCUCUGCUGGCUGCCGUAUCACGUCUACUUCAUUGUGACCGGCCUCAAUAAGAGUCUUAUUAGGUGGAAGUACAUCCAGCAGGUUUACCUGUCAGUGCUGUGGCUUGCCAUGAGCUCCACCAUGUAUAACCCCAUUAUCUACUGCUGCCUCAACAGCAGGUUCAGGGCCGGCUUCAAGCAAGUCUUCCGCUGCUGUCCCUUCAUCCAGAUGUCAAGUUACGACGAGCUGGAGCUCCAAAGCACCAGACUUCGACCUUGUCACCAAAGCAGCAUGUGCACCCUCUCUAGAGUAGACACCUGCAUCCUGAGUAAAAACAAGAGUAUUUCCCCUGGGAGAAACAGGUCAAAGGCAGACUCUGAGCAGAGUAAUAAAGACAGCUAGACUCCACACACACACCCAUCUUGUUCGCUUCUCAGAAUAUUCUGUUUACAAUAUUUUUAACUGCUUCUGUUCCUAUAUCAGACACUUAUGAAGUGGUUUACAUAUAAUUUAAGCCUCUUGAACGGUGAAGAGGAUAAUGUUGCACUGAUAGUUGUGCUUCAGUUUUCAUUGUUGUGCAAAACAUUACGUUUGCCUCACCCAACUCUUAAGCAAGUCAAAAAAUGCUUCCACCGCUCUAUUGUCCAUGUACAACUGACACAAGAGCGGCUUCUUAAGAAAACAGGAAACUUUCAGAGAGGAUACACGAGUGUCUGAGCCAACUGGGAGGUGGUUGUUGUUCAAUAGGGAACAUAAACAUUUUUUUACAUGCAACCUAAAGGGAAAUCUACUAAAAUUUAAAAAUCAACUUAGACUACUUGUUUUAGAUGAAGCUGAAAGAGAGUAUCAGCGGUGUUGGAGGUAGCUAAGAAAACAGACACUAUUCUGUUCAGGUUCAUUUAAAAUCUGGCUUCCUCCCACAGGCCAUAAACAUGGCUGUUAUGUUAAUGGGAACCUCUAAAUUGCCCUUAGGUCUGUGUUUCUUCAUUCUCCUGCGGU